UUCCGGUAUUCAAGGUGAGAGCUAAGAAACUAGAAAGAAGAGGAAAACUUUGCCAUAAUUAUGGCGAGUUUGGGCGCGAGGUUACUAACAUCAGGGAGCAGUUGUGCUAAAGGAUUCCUCAAAGCACCGCUUCUUACUGCAGUUCUGCCAGGUUGCACUCAGGUUGCAAACUUGCGGUCGAAGAACGACCCGUUUCCAUUGCCUCCCCGGGAGAAGCCUUUCAAACACAGAUUUAAUUGUUACUGGCAGCCUUUUGAAAGUAACAUUCAUCGUAUGAAUGAAAACUCUAUCGUAAUUAUCGUUGAUGGAAAUAUCGGAACAGGAAAGAAAGAUUUGGCCAAGAAAAUAGCAGAGGAAUUUGAUUUGCGGUAUAUUGAAGAUGUUGACUAUGACAAAAUUUACAUUUCAAGGGAAUUAUGGGGUCAUUUUGACAUGAGGGAAGUCAAUGCUUGUGCCCCAAACCGUACAAUGUUCAACAGCCUGGAAACAUUUUGGGCAACCAAAAAGUUGGAGGACAACUCGCUGAUUAUGAAGACCCAAUGGGAAAUGUACUAUUACAGAUGGAACGUAUAUAUCGAUGCCCUGAAACACAUAGUCAAUACAGGACAAGGAGUGGUCCUGUCUAGAAAUUUAUACAGUGACAUAGCCUUCUCUUACGCCAUGCUGAAAAAGAAACUGUACAAUAAAAGAGUGUAUGAGCAGUUUGAGGAUUACGUGGAGGGUUCGUUUCAUUAUCUCUGGGCGCCACAUCUCUGUAUUUACCUUGAUGCCACCCCAGCAUACUGCAUGAAGAAGAUCAAAGAGAGGAAAGUGCCGUUUGAGAUGAACAGCCCUAUACUAAAUGAGGAAUUCCUGGCACUCAAUGCAGAAGGAUAUGAGAAGAAAGCAUUACCAAAACUAGAACCAUUCUCAGAAAUAAUGGUUCUAGAUGCUGAUAAUCUGCCAGACUUUGACUUGGUGAAAGAGCUGGAGAAGAUAGACUUUAACCCGUUUAAGGACACGCUACUGAGAGAUGAUAAAUUCUUACACUGGAGGCACGUUCACGAGAGGAGCUGGGCAGAUUGGAGGCGAUGGUACGUAACCAGUACUAUAGAGGUACUGUUAUCUGUGUGUGAAUAAUUUACU